AUGGAGCCCCCGGCCGUCUCCUCGGAGAGGAGCCUGUCUUUGUCGCUGCCCGGGCCCCGGGAGGGUCAGGCCACCCUGAAGCCGCCUCCCCAGCACCUGUGGCGGCAGCCGCGAACCCCUAUCCGUAUCCAGCAACGCGGCUACUCGGACAGCGCGGAGCGCGCAGAGCCGGAGCGGCCACCACACCGACCCAUAGAGCGCGCCGACGCCGUGGACACUGGCGACCGGCCAGGCUUGCGCACGUCUCGCAUGUCCUGGCCCUCGUCUUUCCACGGCACCGGCAGCAGUGGCGCGGGCGGAGGCAGCUGCAGGCGGCGCCUCCGGCUUCUCCGAAGCGUCCAGGAUUUCGGCCGCCAGGCGUGGGCUGGCUUCGAGGCGGAGAAUGGGCCUGCACCGUCCCCCGGCCGCAGCCCGCUGGACUCGCAGGCGAGCCCGGGCCUGGUGCUGCACGCCGGGGUGGCCGCCAGCCAGCGCCGCGAAUCUUUCCUCUACCGCUCCGACAGCGACUAUGACAUGUCGCCCAAGACCAUGUCCCGGAACUCUUCAGUCACCAGCGAGGCGUAUGCUGAGGACCUCAUCGUGACGCCAUUUGCCCAGGUGCUGGCCAGUCUCCGGAGUGUUCGCAGCAACUUCUCACUGCUGACCAACGUGCCCAUUCCCAGCAACAAGCGAUCCCCACUGAGUGGCCCAACCCCAGUCUGCAAGGCCACACUGUCAGAGGAGACAUGUCAGCAGUUGGCCCGCGAGACGUUGGAGGAGCUGGACUGGUGUCUGGAGCAGCUAGAGACCAUGCAGACCUACCGCUCAGUCAGCGAGAUGGCGUCCCACAAGUUCAAGAGGAUGCUAAACCGGGAGCUCACACACCUGUCAGAGAUGAGCAGGUCAGGAAACCAGGUCUCUGAGUACAUCUCCUCCACGUUCCUGGACAAGCAGAAUGAAGUGGAGAUCCCAUCGCCCAUGAUGAGGGAUGGAGAAAGGGCACCUCGGCCGAGACCCUCCCAGCAGCCCCCACCCGCGGAGCCACAGUUCCAGCCUAUGUCUCAGAUCACGGGGGUGAAGAAGAUGACGCACAGCAGCAGCCUGACUGACGCCAGCAUACCCCGCUUUGGGGUGAAGACAGACCAAGAGGAGCUCCUGGCCCAAGAGCUGGAGGACCUGAACAAGUGGGGCCUGAACAUCUUCCACGUGUCAGAUUAUGCCAGGGGCCGCUCCCUCAGCUGCAUCAUGUACACCAUAUUCCAGGAACGGGGCCUCCUGAAGAAGUUCCACAUCCCGGUGGACACGAUGGUGACAUACAUGCUGACUCUGGAGGACCACUACCACCAGGAUGUGGCCUACCACAACAGCCUGCACGCCGCCGAUGUGCUCCAGUCCACCCACGUGCUGCUGGCCACACCUGCGCUGGACGCUGUAUUCACAGACCUGGAGAUCCUCGCAGCCCUCUUCGCGGCUGCCAUACACGACGUGGACCACCCCGGGGUCUCCAACCAGUUCCUCAUCAACACCAAUUCGGAGCUGGCGCUCAUGUACAAUGACGAGUCGGUGCUGGAGAACCACCACCUGGCCGUGGGUUUCAAGCUGCUGCAGCAGGACAACUGUGACAUCUUCCAGAACCUCAGCAAACGCCAGCGGCAGAGCCUGCGCAAGAUGGUCAUCGACAUGGUGCUGGCCACCGACAUGUCCAAGCACAUGACCCUCCUAGCUGACCUGAAGACCAUGGUAGAAACCAAGAAAGUGACCAGCUCAGGGGUCCUUCUGCUGGACAACUACUCCGACCGCAUCCAGGUCCUGAGGAACAUGGUGCACUGUGCGGACCUCAGCAACCCCACCAAGCCGCUGGACCUGUACCGCCAGUGGACAGACCGCAUCAUGGCCGAGUUCUUCCAGCAGGGCGACCGCGAGCGGGAGCGCGGCAUGGAGAUCAGCCCCAUGUGCGACAAGCACACAGCCUCGGUGGAGAAGUCUCAGGUGGGGUUCAUCGACUAUAUUGUGCACCCGCUGUGGGAGACAUGGGCCGACUUGGUCCACCCGGACGCCCAGGAGAUCCUAGACACCCUGGAAGACAACCGGGACUGGUACUACAGCGCCAUGCGGCAGAGCCCGUCGCCGCCGCUCGAGGAGGAGCCGGAGGGGCCGGACCACCCAACGCCCCCUGAUAAGUUCCAGUUCGAGCUGACGCUGGAUGAAGAGGAGGAGGAGGCGGCGUCCUCUGCCCUGGGUGCAGUUGAGGUGCAGGAAUUAUUCAUGGCUCAGCAUGCAUCCCCAGCGGAGGAACCGUUGGAUGUCGAUGGCCAAGACGCAUCCACCGAGGUGGACGGAGAGGAAAUGCCCUUGGCACAGCCAGCAGACAGUGUGCCUGUGGGCCAGGACGAGUCCGCAUCCCCAGAUGCGUCGGUGGAUGCCAUGGGCUGCAGCAGCCCCCACGCCCUGUCUCCGGAGAGGCCCGCUCUGCCUGCCUUGAGGACCCCACCCACUCCAGAGGCUGCCCCGGGCCUCCUGGGCCUCCCCUCCAUGGCAGCCGAGGUGGGGGCCCAGAAAGAGCAUCAGGCUGCCAAGAGGGCGUGCUGUGCCUGCACUGGGACAUUGGGCGAGGACCCACACACACUCCCAGCCCCUGGUGGGUGGGGGUCUGCUGGAGGCCCUACCUGAGCCUCAGCCUCUACACCCUCUUACCCUUCCUGCCUC